ACACGGACGCCCCGCCCACACAAUACAGGCAAGCAGGACAGAUUGCUGGAAACACAGAAACACAGAGCGGCGUAUUCCCGAUUGUAUUUUAUUUCCCAAAAGCUUUUUUUUUUUUUUUUUUUUGGCCAGAGUGACGUAACGCCAGCGAGCCGUUGGACAUUUCUAUGUGUUCGUUGUUCACCGACCGGCGAAGGACGACGUGUUCGCGUCCGUUAGCGACGUUGCGCGGUUGACAUCCCAGCUAGCAAAGAGGUUAGCUUUAGCCGCUACGGUUUCGCAACGACAACAUCCACCAAACUGGACAAAACUUUGGAUUUUGUGGGGUUUAACUCGGGCUCGGCGGGUUCGCUGACCCCUCAGAAGAAGAUGAAGAAGCGGAAGGAGCUGAACGCCCUGAUCGGACUCGGGGACAGCAAGAGGAAGAAGACCAAGAAGGGGACGGGUCACCGGCUGCUCCGCACCGAGCCGCCGGACUCCGAGUCCGACUCCAGCUCGGACGACGACGAGUUCAACGGCAUGAGCGGCGGAGCCAACGUCGGGAAGAGAAGCUACACGCAGUGCUGCACCGUGUGCUACCCCUUGUUUCUGUUCAUCAUACUCGCUGCCUGCGUCAUGGCCUGCUCCGGACUCAUAUGGAUGCAGAUUGCGCUGAAGGAAGAUCUCGACUCGCUGAAAGAAAAGCUGCACAGCAUGGAAUCCAGCCAGAAGGUGUCGUCAAGCGAAAUACCAAAACUAAGCGAGGACCUGAAAAACAAGGACAGGAAGCUCGACGACAUUGAAAACGGGGACAAGGGGUUGAGCAAGCUCUGGUCUAACCUCACAGAAAUGAACAGAAAGAUCAGUUUGCUGGACUCUGCAGUAAACCAUUUAAAGGUCAACUUGAAGUCAGCCGCCGACUUGGUCAGCCUUCCCGCUACAGUUGAAGAGCUUCAAAAGAGUGUUGCUACAAUUGGCAGCACGCUCACAAGUGUGCAGCAUGACGUGAAGACGAUGCAGGCUGCGCUUGAAAGUCAGAAGAAAGAGGAAGAGUUGAAGAAGACGAUGGACAUCACAGACCUGAGAAAAGCAGUGAGUGAGGCGAACAAGACAGAGGAGCUGCAUCACACGCAGACCGACGAGCACAUCCACGUCCUCCUCUCUACGGUCGCAGAGCUCCAGCAGAGAAUGUCGUCAUUAGAGAACGGCUCAAAGCAAAGCUCGAAGAACAACGACGACGCGGCAAAAACCACCAGCGGAGGUCCAGCGACCGACGCGGCGAAAAAAGAAGCCGCGGCAACCAAAGCGACGCCCGGGGGCGUGCAAGAGGCGUCCACGCCACUGACGGAGCCUCAGACGGAGCCUCAGACGAGCAGACGCCCGCGCUCCUCAAACCGCUCCAAGAGGAAUGCUGAGGCAACGUGCCCAAAGAGGUUGUUCUUGCCUGGAGUCAGUUCUCUGAAAGACUUGGAAGACAUCUUCCAGCAGGAGGGCGUUGGACGCGGCUCCCUCGGAUUGAACUACCACGGCCUGAGGAAAGUGUUUCGAGCGGCGACUCCCGAUGCUCGCACCAUGGAGUGUUUCGACGACGACGGGAACCGGAGGUUCUCCCUGACGGAGCUGAGAGCUGCUGUAGGUUUGUGAGCACAUCAUCACCGACGGCAGUGAACAGUAUUGGAACACCCGGCGAGGUCCUGGAGUCUGAAGUUCCCGACCCCCCCCCCCCCCCUUUUUUUUUCCGUGCCUGCUGCACUUUUUGUGAACAGAAUAUUUAUCGUACCGAUUGUGGAACAGUUGGCGCUGGCAUGCCCCAUACUCACCCCCCUCCUCCUCAGUCUAUUUCAACACAACCUUAUCCACUAAACAUGCGCUUACAUUUUUUUAAUUCAUCCACGAGUUCCCUUACGCAGAAUAUUCCGGCUCUUAUUUUAGCUAAUUCCGUAGUUUACAUGAAAUAAACUGUGGGAAGUGUAAAUUAUUUUUGAAUCCUGUUUUCCACCCUCAAUUCUCAAGACUCUCUUUAACGCCACCUUUUGUUUUUUCUUUUUUUUCUUCAUCUCGAUGACACUUUUGUGUAUUUCGCUUGACAUUGUCAGUCUACUCCCCCACCCAUCAACACCUGAACUGUAUUUUAAGAAAGGUUACAAAUUAUUAUUAUUAGAAACCUUUUUUUUUUUUUUUGUGAGUGGUUUGUUUGGUUUUUAGUCAAGAUUCCUAAUUUAACUGAAACACACAAUUGAGUAUGAGACUGAUGAUUUAUAUAUGCUCCUUUCUAGGUUUAAAGUUUCAGAUUUCUUUCUGUUCAGUGUUUUUCUCUCAUUUAUUUUCAGUUAGUUGCUACAUUCUGAUUGUUUAAUUUUCUUUACAUUUUAGUUUUUUGCAGCUUUCAGUUCUACACGUUUUGAAGGGCUAUGAACACUUUGAAUCAUUGACCGUUUUGAAGUGGUAACUCACGAGGCAUAUGUAGCAAUAACAAAAGGACAGAUAUUGCUUGUUUAAAACUGCAGUAGACGGAAGGCAAAAACUAGCUCCCAAUGUGUAACAGGUAGUAAAAGAAGCACUGACCAUCAAUCUUUACUUGAUUAAUUUUAUUCCAUUUUUAUGGGCUUAAUAAUGAUGUAUUUACAUAAUAAAUUGCAUACUCAACAUUGUUGUACUCUGUAAAAAUGGUUUAAAUGUACUCAGAAAUUAUUGUGAAGGGGAUGGGGGUUGUUGAAAUGUAUCUUGUACAUUUUUUUAAAUGUUUGCGUUGUAAUUUGCAUGUUGCCGAUAAUGUAACAUGAACACUAUUUAUAAACUUAGGCGACUACUUGUUUUUGCAGGACAAUGUAACAGCUUUGGCCAUCAUGACAUAGGGUCCAUGCUGCUGCUGUACUUGGGGACAUUUUAUGAAUGUUUUUUUUCUUUUUUUGUGAGCAACAAUGAAUAAAGUUUAAAAGGUCUUGA